GCCCGCGGCGCGUGCACACUCCUCCACUGCCGGGGAAGGAAAGUACUCCACCAAAGUCAUCCGCAUUAUUUUCGCCGUCCGCUGUUAUCAUGUCUGAGAAAGAGCUCGGCCAAAAGUGGGACCGCUGCCUCGCAGACAGCGCGAUUAAACUCGGGACCGGUCUGGGUCUAGGAAUUGUGUUCUCCGUUGUAUUCUUCAAGCGCAGGACAUGGCCCAUUGCGUUUGGGACAGGACUGGGUCUUGGCAUGGCUUAUUCCAACUGCCAGAAUGACUUGAGGUCACAUUAUGUGCUGCACAGUAAAGUUGCUAAGGAGCAGUAGAGUCGUAUCAGUUAUGGAUUCUGUCAUCUGCCUUGCUUUUCAUAUUCAAAGCCUGACACAAUCAGACUGGUUGUCUUUCUUUCUCCAUAACAUCCAUGUUCUUGUACAUGAAAGUCUGUAUAUAUUUAAUAAAAUAUUAAAAAGGAGAUUUGAAAUUUGCUAA